AUGAAGCACCUCAUCGCGUCAGCCCUGCUCCUCAGCAGGGCCGCCUCGCUGCCGAGCACCUUGCCGGUGAGGCUGUCGACCCGCACGGCUCUCGACUCCCGCCUGGCCAACGUGCACGUCGAGAUGGACGACCACCACGCCGUCGGGGAUGCGCCCAUCCACUUCACCUAUGGCGCCUGCGACUCGUCCUCGCGCGCCGAGGCGCACCACACCGUCGGCCGGGCCCACGACCCCACGCGGACCGUCGACAGGCUCGUCUGGGUGAUCCCCGAGGACGUCUCGUCGGGCGGGUGCAUAUCGGCGUGGGCUGGCGGCGACGGUGGCGGCGGUGAGCUCCUGGUUGGCCGCAGCGCGCCGCAGGCCUUUGACCACGCGGCCAUGCGCCGACGCGACGUGCUGACCAAGCGUGCGCUCGACCCCGUGCGCAUGGACGGGUCCAACGGCAUCGAAGCCAACGGGCCGUGGUUCGAGGGCGUGAGGCUGCUGGAGGGGAGAAACGUGAGCGCCGUCGACGCCGAGGCCGCCAAGGCGAAGCGCGUCGCCAUCGCGGGCGCGGGCAUGGCGGGCCUCAUGUCGCACCUCGUCCUGUCGCAGGCCGGGUUCACGAACCUGGACCUGAUCGAGGGCAGCGACCGGGUCGGCGGGCGCGUGCAGACCGAGUACCUCUCCGGCGGCCCGUUUGACUAUUCGUACCAGGAGAUGGGGCCGAUGCGGUUCCCGCACCAGAUCGUCAUCGACGGCACGCCUUACAACAUCUCGGACCACCAGCUCGUCUUCCAGCUCGCAGAGGAGAUGAACAGGCUCAACGCCGACGGGAACAGCGAGCUCAACGUCUCCUUCAUCCCGUGGAUCCAGUUCUCGCAGAACGGCCUGAGCUACUUCGACCGCUUCAAGCUCCCCUCCGGCCUGCCGCCUACCGUUGCCCAGGUAGCAGCCGAUCCGUCCCUCGGCCCGCCCGCCGCACAGCUGGACGCCGAGGCCCUUGCCGCCUUGGGAAAGUUCAGCGGUGUGCUCGGGGACGGUGGUUUCAUCAGGCUGAUUGCACAGAACUCUUUCAAGGCCUACAAGAAGUGGAUUGCGGAUGGGCUCGGCGGCCUUCCCGGUGAUCACUGGAGUAUUUACGCAUACUUCAAGCACCACCUGGAGGCAUCCCUGAACGCCACCAAUGCUGUCCUCCCUUCGUUCUUUGGCCGCCCCAGCAGCACUUUCUGGUCCACCCUCUAUGAAACCGUCUACUUCUCGUCCAGCAGCUGGAAGACCAUCGAUGGCGGUCUCAGCCGGCUGCCAAAGUCGUUCCUCCCGCACGUGGAGAAGGACCUGCAGCUCAACCGCAAGAUCGAGCGCGUGAGCUUCUCCGAGGAGAAGAAGGAGGUGACGCUGCAGUGGAAGGGCGCGGGAGGCGAGUCUGAGAGUGCAACCUACGACUACGCCGUCAUGGCUGUUCCGUUCGUCGUCAUGGCCAACUGGAGGCUUCCGAGUAGGACCAACAUCAAGAUCACCACUUUGCUCGGAGAUGUUGCUGAACUUUUUUUUUUUUGUCUAGAGCUUGGAUCCACCAUCACCAGCGCCAUCCGGACCCUGCAAUCCGUGCCCGCCUGUAAGAUAGCGCUCGAGUACAAGACGCGGUUCUGGGAGAGGUUUGAGAAUCCCAUCUACGGCGGCUGCUCGACGACAACGGAUAUACCUGGUUUCGAAUCGAUUUGCUACCCGUCCUACAACCUCAACGGCACCGGUCCGGCCUCGAUCCUGGCGUCGUACAACUUCGACAGGACUUCGCUCCACCAGGGCUCGCUCCCAGAGGUGGAGCACGUGCAGAACGCGGUCGACGCCAUGGUCGAGGUACACGGUGACGUGGCGCGCGAGCAGUACACGGGCAACUUCCGCAGGGUCUGCUCGCACCACAACGAGUUCCGCAUCGGCGCCUGGACGGAGCCGAUGGCGGGACAGAUGGAGCUGUACAUCCCCGAGUACUUCAAGACUCAUAGCAACAUGAUCUUUGUCGGAGAGCACACUUCGUAUACUCAUGCCUGGGUUGCUUCGGCGCUCGAGUCUGGUAUUCGUGGAUCGGUGCAGCUCAUGCUCGAGCUUGGACUCGUCGACGAGGCAAAGGCUGCCGUCGACAAGUGGAUGGCUCGGUGGAUAGAUGUGCACAAGCAGCGCCCGUUAGAUUGUUGGGUUGCCUCCCUGCUGCCAUGUAAUUUAGUUCCUGCCAGGGAUCCCACACGACUGGUCGUCCUAAUACAGUAA